AACCUCUCUACUACAGUCAAGUCUACACCCCAUUUUUUUUGCUGCACUUUAUUCCCUUCAAAUUCGAUACUUUGCCUUGCUCAGUACCAGCAUUAGAAGAAGAGGACAUUACCCAUCUUCUCUCUUUCUCUCUCUUCAUGUUCCCCACAUUGUCUUGUUCCUCUUUUCUCUGAAUCUCAUUGUCAUACUCAUAUUAAUUUUAAUACUAAUACUAUACUAUAAAUCUAUACUAUACUAUAUAUCUCAAAAAAAAUACUAUACUAAGUAUUUCUUACUACUCUUGACUGUCUCAAUCCCUCUCUUUCAUCUUUCCUUUGUCUCUUGUUAUGUUUCUUAUUAUUUGGCUUCCUCUGCUUUUUUUCCCUCUUUUUUUUCUCCCUUCAAAUUCAUUCAAUGAGUUGAGUUUUAAGUUUUAACCAAUUUCCUAACUGGGUUUUGUUCAUUUCAAUUCAUAGUUAAAAACCCAGAAAUUAGAUUGCUUAAAAACUGUAGUAAUUUCUUUGUUAGUUCUUGAUUUCUUGGAAAAAAGGUAGGAUUUUUAUUUUGGACUUUUACUCAAAUUUUCUUGGUGUUGGUUUUUCUGUGUGUAAAGUAAGAAACUUUCUAUUAUUUGGUUGAGAUUGAAAGCUUGAUCCAUUUUUCUUCAAUCAAUUAUUGGCAUUUUUUCUUCCAAAUUUGUGUCUCCAAAUUAAUUAGAGUACCCCAGAGAAAAGCCUUAAGUGUGUGUGGGGAGUGUCCUAUAUGAAGUACUGAAAACAAUGACAGAUGGGAGCUCCAAAAAGACCAAGCUUUCAUGGCCCAAGACUUUAGUAAAGAAGUGGUUCAAUAUCAAGAAUAAAGCUGAAGAAUUUCAUGCGGAUGAUGUCUUCUAUGAAGGUUGUGAUGAAGAUUGGAGUAACAACUUCACAGAGAGAGAGGCAUGCACUAUCAAGAAAAGCAAGACAGAAAGAUCAUAUAGGAGGAAUUCUGACCGUCCUCGGCGCAUUAAGAUUGAUUUAGAUACAUCUCAUGUCACUGAUGUAGAAAACUAUAGGAUUUUUGUAGCUACUUGGAAUGUGGCAGGAAAAUCACCACCAAGCCAUUUGAAUCUUGAAGAUUGGCUUCAUACAUCACCUCCUGCUGACAUUUAUGUUCUUGGCUUUCAGGAAAUUGUUCCUCUGAAUGCUGGUAAUGUUUUGGGUACAGAAGACAAUGGCCCAGCUAAGAAAUGGCUAGCACUAAUUAGGAGGACUCUGAACAGUCUUCCUGGUUCAAGUGGUUAUUAUCAAACACCUUCACCAAUCCCUGAUCCUAUUGUUGAGUUAGACGCCGAUUUUGAGGGAUCAACAAGGCAAAAGGCCUCCUCUUUUUUCCACAGACGAUCUUUUCAGUCGUUGAGCCGGAGCAUGAGGGUGGACAAUGACAUGUCAGAGCCUCAACCACGGCUUGAUCGAAGAUUCAGUGUUUGUGACCGGGUCAUGUCUGGACAUAGAGCUAGUGAUUAUGAUCCCAAUUAUAGAUGGUGCUCCUCAGAUGAUGAAAACACAAGUGAAUCACCACCUGUUGUUCCACAUUGCUCACCUAUGUCUUAUUACAACGGUUCCUUUCACGUGGAGGAGACUGAAAAGCAAAGAGGUCAGUCAAGGUAUUGUUUGGUUGCAAGCAAGCAAAUGGUGGGAAUAUUUCUCACUGUUUGGGUAAGGAGUGAUCUUAGAGAUGAUGUUCAGAAUAUGAAAGUAUCUUGUGUAGGAAGAGGGUUAAUGGGCUAUCUUGGAAACAAGGGUUCAAUUUCUAUUAGCAUGUCUUUACACCAAACAAGCUUUUGCUUCGUCUGUAGUCAUCUAACUUCAGGACAAAAAGAGGGCGAUGAGCUAAGAAGAAAUUCCGAUGUCAUGGAGAUACUGAAGAAGACUAGAUUUCCUAGAGUUAAUGCAACGGGUGAUGAGUACUCCCCUCAGCAUAUUUUGGACCAUGAUCGAGUCAUUUGGCUUGGGGAUUUGAAUUACCGGAUUGCCCUAUCCUACCGAUCUGCCAAGGCUCUUGUUGAAAUGAGAAACUGGAAGGCUCUGCUCGAAAAAGAUCAGCUUCGCAUAGAGCAGAGACGCGGUUGUGUUUUUGAGGGAUGGAGUGAAGGGAAGAUAUACUUCCCUCCUACAUAUAAGUAUUCCCAAAAUUCAGAUAGAUAUGCUGGUGCUGAUACUCAUCAAAAAGAGAAGCGAAGGACUCCUGCAUGGUGUGAUCGAAUCUUGUGGUUUGGGAAAGGCCUCCGUCAACUAUCCUAUGUGCGUGGUGAAUCUAGGUUCUCAGAUCACAGGCCAGUUUAUAGUGUAUUUUUGGCAGAGGUAGAGUCCAUCAACCGAGGCAGACUCAGGAAAAGUAUGAGCUGUUCCAGUGCCCGGAUUGAAGUGGAAGAGCUAUUACCUCAAGCACAUGGAUAUUCAGGAUUCAAUUUCUACUAAAAGGGAUUCAAAUUCAAUAUCGAAAUUUUAACAAAUACGCGGCUUGCUGCAUUUCGUAAGCAAUGAUAAGGUGUUCCAUGUUUAGAAGGUACAUUGCAAAAGAACCGUCGAAAGGUAGUGGAACUGUUGCAAUGUAAACACAGUAUAAUGGUGAUAGUGACAUUCCACCAUCAUCCCUCCCCAAAAAAGAAAACACAGGUACUCUCAACCUGUAAAUCUUUGCUGAUUCCUUUCUAUUAACCCCACAAACUCUGCAACUUACCAUUCUUUUCCCCUGUCAUAUGGGGUACAUAUACACCCCUUGGCAUAUUCUGACAGUUCAAACAAAGAAAAUCUUCAAUGGAUAUGCUGAUAUCAUAAUAGGAAUUCGCCAUAAGUGGCCUAGAUGGUUAUGACAUAGUAUUACCAUUCUUUCUUGUAAAUAUAGAUUUAAUUAGGCUAUUGGAAUGUGAAAUUACAAUUGUAAAGAUUUAGAUUGUUUAUUUGCCUAGAUAGUGCAAAUAAUCGUGUAUGAAAAUAUCCGACUCAAGUGAAGGCAUAUUGACAUCUCAUCCCUUGUUAGGGCCUGUUCUCCCCAGCUUAAUUUCAGUUCAGUUCAGCUGUUUUAUGCCGAAGAGAACAGGCCCUUAGUUGCCUAAUUGUUAGUCGGAGUGUUACAUUUUUAAGUGUAAAAGAGCUAGUAGUAGAUGAACAUAAUCAUUUGAGGGUGUUCAAUAGUUGUAUAAUCCAAGUAUAUAGAUACAUAGAAGAUGGGUGUGUCAUGUGUGGCACUUAUUCUUUGUAUGGACAAAAAUACAAACUAAAAGAGCAAAGAAGAUCAUAAUUGAAGUUCUUAUUGAUCUAUAAGCUUCUUUUUACCCCUA